UACCGCAUCUUUCGAGCGUCGCGUUACUGUGUGUCAUAGGAUGUCCUACAGCAACCACCUCCAUGAGAGCUCCAAUGCGCGCUGCCUCGACCACAUCAGGACGUCAGCUAUAUCCAUCUUUACGACUCGGUGCCCAGCGCUGAUCAUAUGCGCUUAUCAGAGUUAGGCAUCGCUGAAGACGGAGCAGAAUGCCCACCAAAGGGCGGAGCCUUCAGCUCACCACGUAAGAGAUGCCGCGCCGAAUUCUCCGAAACCGAGCCUUGCUCUUUACGCAAGAAAGCCAGGAAGACUAGAGAGGAGAAGGAUCUGAUCGAUCCGUACGCUGGAGUACGACAAGCCCUGGCAGAGCUCGGGGACGAGUUCACCUGCCCCAUAUGUUGUGACUUGAUGGCCGCUGCACACUUAUGCAAUCCCUGCGGCCAUACGAUAUGCGGAGAAUGCGGCUGGAAUUGGACCAUGCAGGCAAAAUCGUCACCAACUUGUGCGAUCUGUCGAGCAGCACUAGCGCCCCAUUCAGCGAUGAUACCGAACUUCGCCCUGGACAACGCCAUCGAGAAGCAUGUCGCUGCGAUCGCAGCAAGCGGUUGCACUGACUGGCAGCCGAGCGGGUCCAAAUACAUCGACUGGACCACGCGCAAGGAGAAAUGGAGAACAGGUGCAUCAAAGCGCGCAGCAGCGAGUCGUCGAGCAACGAGGACACAGCACGCCGUGCACGCGCCGGCGGCGCAGAGCUUUACUCGUGCUCGCCACGGCGGAGUUGCGCCAGCGGCGCCGGCAUUCCCGUACGCAGUGAUUGACCUAAGUGUGAUGGACUAUGAAGGAUACGAGGGUUACGAGGACAGUUCCCAUGACGAGGUAUUUGGCGAUGUCGCCUACUUUUGGGAGUGAGAAUUGCACUAUGCAGUCGUGCAUGGAAGGCAUGGUAGUAUGAUCGAGAAGGCGGAAGUCGUCACACCUGCUUCUAUCAGUGCUAUUGCGUGAGCUCUGGCGUGAGAU